GCGGCGGCGGCGGCGGCGGCGGCAGCGGGGCCCGCGGCCCCCCCCGGCGGCCCCAUGAAGGAGCCGGACGCGAUCAAACUCUUCGUGGGGCAGAUCCCGCGGCACCUGGAGGAGAAGGACCUGAAGCCCAUCUUCGAGCAGUUCGGCAAGAUCUACGAGCUCACCGUCAUCAAGGACAAGUACACCGGCAUGCACAAAGGAUGCGCCUUCCUGACCUACUGCGCCCGCGAGUCGGCCCUGAAGGCGCAGAGCGCCCUGCACGAGCAGAAAACGCUCCCGGGGAUGAACCGGCCCAUCCAGGUGAAGCCGGCCGACAGUGAGAGCCGAGGAGAGGACCGCAAGCUGUUCGUGGGGAUGCUCAGCAAGCAGCAGGCGGACGAGGACGUGCGCAAGAUGUUCGAGCCCUUCGGCACCAUCGACGAGUGCACGGUGCUGCGCGGCCCCGACGGCACCAGCAAAGGCUGCGCCUUCGUCAAGUUCCAGAGCCACGCCGAGGCCCAGGCCGCCAUCGCCGCCCUCCACGGGAGCCGCACGCUGCCGGGCGCCUCGUCCAGCCUGGUGGUGAAGUUCGCGGACACGGAGAAGGAGCGGGGCCUGCGGCGCAUGCAGCAGGUCGCCAGCCAGCUGGGCAUGUUCAGCCCCAUCGCCCUCCAGUUCGGGGCCUACAGCGCCUACACGCAGGCGCUGAUGCAGCAGCAGGCGGCCCUGGUGGCCGCCCACUCGGCCUACCUCAGCCCCAUGGCCACCAUGGCCGUCCAGAUGCAGCACAUGGGCACCGUCACCCCCAACGGGCUCAUCGCCACCCCCCUGCCCCCCUCCUCAGGAACCAGCACACCGCCGGCCAUGGCCGCCACCCCGGUGCCCGCCAUCGCGGCCCCGCUGAGCGUCAACGGGUACAGCCCGGUGCCGGCACAGCCCGCGGGGCCGCCUGCCCCCGAGGCCGUCUACGCCGGGGGUGUCCCCCCGUUCCCAGCCCAGAGCCCCGCCGCCCCCGGGGACCCCCUGCAGCAAGCCUACGCCGGCAUGCAGCACUACACAGCCGCCUACCCCGCAGCCUACGGGCUGGUGAGCCCGGCCUUCGCCCCCCCAGGGCCCCUGCUGGCCCCCCCGCCCCCCCCGCAGCAGCAGCAGCGCGAAGGCCCCGAGGGCUGUAACAUCUUCAUCUACCACCUGCCCCAGGAGUUCGCCGACACCGAGAUCCUGCAGAUGUUCCUGCCCUUCGGCAACGUCAUCUCCGCCAAGGUCUUCGUCGACCGCGCCACCAACCAGAGCAAGUGCUUCGGCUUCGUGAGCUUUGACAACCCGGCCAGCGCGCAGGCGGCCAUCCAGGCCAUGAACGGCUUCCAGAUCGGGAUGAAGCGCCUCAAGGUGCAGCUCAAGCGGCCGAAGGACGCCAACCGGCCCUACUGAGCCCGGUCCGGAGGUGCCAGAGGAGCACCCUUGGGUGCCCCCCCCCCCCAGUUGCAGAGCUGCCCCCCCCCCCGGUACACCCCAGUGGUGCCCGUGGGGGGCUCAGUCCUGCGGGCGGGGGGGGGGGGGGGGGG